AUUGCCUCACUACCACAAACUACAAAAGCCAAAUAGAACCCCCCUUUUUUCUCAUUCUCCCCUACACACCACAUAACACUUUCACUCUUCCACACUAGUAGGGUCCUUCACUACCUUCUUCCUCCUCAAAAAAUCAAAAACACCACAAAAAUCCUCCAAAAAAAUCGAAACUUUAAUGGCUCUCCACAUCUCACUCUCUCAUCAAUCAUGGUCAUCUCCGGCCAAUCCGAUCUCCUCAUCGGAUCCCGCCCGUUGCUGUGUUCCGGGCACCCGGUUUUCGAGGCGGGUCGAAUUUGGUGGCAGUUCUAAGAGUAUAGGAGGUAUUGUGAGAAGAAAUGAUAGAGUUAGAGGUCAAAUUAGAGCAAGUAUGGAUGUGGGUACCCAAGUGGAAGCCAUUGUUGGGAAGGUUACCCAAGUUAAUAAGGACACUUUUUGGCCUAUUGUUAAGGCUGCUGGAGAUAAAACUGUUGUUCUUGAUAUGUACACUCAAUGGUGUGGACCCUGUAAAGCAAUGGCGCCAAAGUACGAGAAAUUGGCAGAGGACAAUCUUGACAUUGUUUUUCUUAAGCUUGAUUGUAACCAAGAAAACAAGCCCUUGGCUAAGGAAUUAGGCAUCCGAGUAGUUCCUACGUUCAAGAUUCUAAAGGAAGGCAAGAUUGUGGAAGAGGUGACGGGGGCUAAAUACGACACAUUGGUUGCAGCCAUUCAAACAGUUCAAAAUAGUUGAGCUGUAUUUGUGUUUGCGUCAUUGCGUCGUGUGUGUAUAUACGCUGUAAGAGGGAAAGGUUAGUACCUUGACAAUGGCUUGUAGCCUUGUACUGAAUUGUAACCACUGUCCACUGUAUCCGCUGAGAUCGUUGCAUGAACAAGAGUUGUAAUUGUAUAUUGAAGAGAAGAAAAAAGGGGCACUCUACAUGAACCA